GUAUUGCGCAAGCGCUGCGCAGAAGACUAAUGCGCAGCAGCAUCCCAGCCGUACCUAUAAAAGGGACUAUAAAAAGUGUAAAGUGCUCAUAAAACGUAUGAGCGCAGGGAACUCCGGUCGGGUUCUUUAAGAAUUCCCGUAGUUCCCAGUGCGUCAUACGAAGGGCUACUGUGGGUCCUCUAGCCCAUAAAAACCUAAACCCUUCCCCAGAGCCACAAACAAAUAUUUUUAUGGUGACUAUAUGACUCUCUAUUCUGUUUUCCCUGUUGACAUAUUUUUGCCCACCAUAUAUGUAAAUCACAGAGUGUCAAGCCAAUAGUAGUGGGAGGGGCACCGCAUAAUGAUGACUAGUAAUAUGAUUUAAAAAUCGUUCGUGCGACAAAAUGAACAGCUGAUUCGUGAUAAGCUAGGGAAAGACGGACAAUCUGUAUAUAUACAACUUGUUCACAAGCACAAUAGCAAACGUUGGUAAAUGUGAAGCGAUGUAUGACGAAUACUACGAACAACUGUCUCACUAGGAAGAUCAACAGUGCAGUAUUCAAUGAAACAGUUCCACAUAUGACGCUAACAAGAUUAUACAUAUUAAAGUUUUCAAGAAUUGCUACAUAAUUGAAUAAAUUUUCAUUAUAAUUGACUGAGAUAAGAAAAUUAUGAGUGAUUUGUCGUUUUUAUAAACGAAAAUACUAAAACAAUUAUCAGUUUCUACAAUUUUAUUUAAAGGAACAAUAGCAUUUAUUUGUAUGCCUUAUAAAUGUUCUAAAUAAUCAUUUCAACGUCUAAAAUUUGAUGACACAUAUUUUUGUUCCAUUUUCUGUAAUUUGCAAAGUACAUAAUUUUGUAGGUGCAUGGACCACAAAAAAUUAAAUGAAUACAAUGCAACCACAGCUACCAGCAACUCCCCGGAAAUUACCAGUAUUUGUAUUUCCUCAAAGUAUCACUUUCUUUUUAGACGAUCAAUCUACUCACAAACAAGUUUUAACUUUGUAUAACCCAUAUGAUUUUCCAAUAAAAUUUAAAGUAUUAUGUACUGCACCAAAUAAAUAUAAAGUUGUUGAUCCAGAAGGAACUAUAAAGGCAAGAUGUUGUGUCGAUAUUGUUGUGAGACACACAUCACUUGUAUUAAGUAAUUGCAAUGUUGUUGAUAAAUUUAGAAUACAAAUGCAAGAACAUCCAACUAAACAGGCCAUAGGAAAAAGAGAUGUUGAAGCUAAACUGCUUCCUGGGACAACAGAGUCUGCUGGGAGGUCCACCCCAGAUCCAGAAAUGUUUCAACAACUUCCUAUAAAUGAAAAUAGACAACAACAAUCUUAUGCACUUAUAGCUCAAAAUAAAGCAAUUGAUAAAUCUGCAUUCAAGACACACAAAAAGUCAUUACAGUCUUAUUUGUUUCAUAGAAGUAUUCAAGAUAAAAGUACACACCCCAGUCUAUCCACAAAUAUAAAAAGUGCCAAUUAUGUUGUUAUGGAUAAAGGAGGAACAAAUUAUGUAGCAUUGAUUGCUGGAAUCAUUUGUAUAGUUGGAUUACUUUUACCUACAGAGGGAGAACAGAAUAAUCGAGUGCCUGACUAUCUCCAUCUCUCUAUAAAUUUUAAAUUAAUAUUCUCAUUUGUAUUAGGUAAGCAUGCUUUUUUAUUAUUGGGUAAACAUAAGAAUACAAUUAUUUCCUUGUAUUCCAGGUAUGGUCACGAUUAUUAUUUUAAGGCUGUAAAGUUAUUAGCUUCCUUUACGAGAAAAAAGAUCAUACGAUCAUGGGAUAAAAGCACAAUUCAUGGUAGGUUUCUUCGGUACGAAACCGUAUUUUUUGUUACUAAAUAUACCUGACUCUAGUCUAUAAAAAGUAAGCUGUCUCGUUAUAUUAUGGAUAAUGCUAAUAUUUAUUGACAGAUAUAAAAUCUUUUAUUCCUUUAAUAUAUAUCGAAUUAUACAUUCUUCUUCAAAUUCAUGCUCUAUAGCCU